ACGGAAGUAAAACUCCACUGCACACAUGUAAGGUAAUUUUGACUUUGAGGUGCAUAACUGACUGCAUCCUGUGUUUUCAAUAGUAAUUUAUUAAUUAUUUAAUGUGCUGAAAUCUAGCUAAUAACUCGUAAGUAAACGGUGAUAAAACCCCGCUUGUUGGCGCAUCCACGUGAGCACGGUGCAUUUAACUUAGAUGAGCAAAGUAAAUGUUUCCUCCCAUCUUUGAGAUUAAGUCAGCAUGAAUAACUGAUCCAUCCUUCCUCUGUGCCAACAGCUGGGAAAUCACCAGAGAAAUGAAGACCUAGCCUGAGCCCAGGUGUGUGAGGAUGCAUCGACUCCGAUGUGUGAACCCCUGCCUCACACGGCUCCUUCAUUGUGGUGCAGCAAACAGAACCCAGAUCCUGGAGGGUCUGCGGGUCUGCUCCAAUGAAGACCAGGUGUUUGAUGUGGUGAGCAGGAACAAAGCCAAGCUGACUGUGGACCAUGUCAGCUGUGCUGUGAGGAUGCUGUGGCAGUUCCAGAAAGAGAGACCUGAACUCCUCAGGACCAUUGACCUCACAAAGACUCACCCACAGUUCUUAACUCUCCAGGUUUUGGCAGAGAAUAAAAUUGCUCUUAUGAGUGAUUUAAUGCUGAUUGACAUACUUUAUGCUUUCCUCAGGCUGAAAGUGGAACCACACGAAUCUCUUGUGCAGCAGAUGGUUUCAGAAGCAUGGCUUAGAGUAGACAGACUUCCAUUGCCAUCUCUGUCCAAGUUCUCAGUCUGUUUAAAGGAUCAGCACCUUCAAAACAGUCCCUUAAUGGGUCGGAUCGCCAGUAUUUUGGAUCAGCGUUUGUCAUCCAUUAACAAUGCCAGGAUCCUGACUGCUCUGAUGACUGGCGUCUCGAGCCUCGUGUCUCCCCAGCUGCGGGACGCCCUGAUCAGCAGAGCGGAUCAGCUCCUGCACACAAUAGACCCCUCCAACUACAACACUCCACGGAGGGUAGUGCAGUUCCUGCGCAACACCAAGUGCAUUCACCGACCUCUGCUGGAGAAGUGCAACAAGAUCUUCUUGUGCAACAUUUCCAGGCUGGAUGCAGAAAAUAUCAACAUCAUCUUGGGUCUGUAUCAGUCCCUCCAGUUCAACAACUGUGAUUUCAGAUUGGCUGCUAAGGAAAGGCUGAUCGAGCUGAUGGGUACAAGCACCGACCCCAUCUCAUUCACCAGACUGUUUGUCGCUCUGGCUCCUAUUGCUAGUCUAGAGAUCAGAGAAAGGUUGGAGAAUAUGACCCUCCUAAUGGCGGAUGAGUUCAAUGCUCAACAAGCUCUGGCUGUUGCUGAAGCGCUAGAGGAGAUUCGGAGCAGAAAUCUGACUUUACUGAACAAAAUUGCAUCAAUAAUCCAAAAAAACCUUCAUGUCUACAAGUCAUUGGAGGUGGCCAGAAUCACCCAGGCUCUUUUCCUGUUGCACUAUCAGAACUCAGAACUCUUUGCUACAUUAAGAAAGACCCUGAUUAGCUUCCUGCAGCGCAGUUUUUACCCAUCUGAGGUGACCACGCUGACCCGAGUUCUGUCCAUGCUGCCCUCCCCAUGGCUCGACGAGGGCGUUGUCUCGCGGGUGGAUGAGGUGAUGUCACAGUGUGACCUCGAUGAGCUGAAUACCAUCUCCUUCGCUGUAGCCAAGUGGAUCAGAAACGAUCCCUCAUACCGACACAACACCCACAGCAAAUACGUCCGGCUGCUACAGAGGCUGAGCAACUGCGGCCGUGAGAGGCUGCAGGUGGCCGCCAAGCUGGACCUGGUGCUGGAGGAGCUCAAGUACAUCUCAGGGGCGUGGUUUGAGGAGAUGCUGCUGGAAGAGGCGAUUGCCACGCUCAACAGGAUGAUGGACCAAGUAAACUGGACCAACAUCUCAGAACUGGCCUUCUUCCUUACCAGAAUGAAUCACCUCCACCCUCCUCUGAUGGACAGGAUGGCCAAAGUGGCCUUGGAAAACAUCGACAAGAUUCACUUCUCAGCAACAUAUGCCACGCUGCUCCCCUUUUCUAUCCUGAACUAUGAACCCACACAGAAAGACGAGCUCUAUGACGCUUGCAUUAAGCGCUUCACUCCUCACAUGAGCUCCUUUGACCCACAUCUGCUCGUCCUCCUGGCGUAUUCGUUGGCAGUAGCCGAUCAUUUCCCUGAAGAACUUAUUAGAGAAAUCUUCAACAUAGAUUUUCUUGGAAAACUGGACUGUCAACUAGAAAGUUUGCCCGACACCCUCAACCUGCGGACGCGACAGCGUCUCAUGGAGUUGAAUCGCGCUGUGUGUCUGGAGUGUCCGGAGUUCCAGGUGCCGUGGUUUCACGAUAGUUACUGUGAGCAUCUGCAGAGGAAAGGGAAUGGCUCGAUCAGUCCCGUACAACAGCAAAUCCACAAAAUGCUGGGUGAGGUUCUGGGUGGAAUUAACUUUGUCCAAGUAGCAGUUACCGCGCCAUACUUUUAUAGUGUAGAUUUCGAAUGCAAGCUGGACAAACAUUUGCAGCCUCUACCCUACUCUGAACCAAGCCCCCAGCAGAUUUCAGGCAGAGGAAAGGUUCUCUGGCAUUCCACUCCAUCUGAAAACAUCCGAGAUGAGCUUCCACCUGGAGCUCAGCGUGUUGCUGUGGACUUUCUUGAUUCAAGAUUCUUCUGCAAAAAUUCUCAUCACAUAAAAGGCGAAGCACUAAUGAGAAAGAGACACCUUGAAAUUCUGGGAUAUCAUGUUGUUCAGAUUCCUCGCUUCGAAUGGAACUCCAUGGAGCUUUCAACAUUUGAUGCAAGGAAGGCAUACCUGAGAGGGAAAAUACUUGGAUGAUUUUGUUCAAUGAACUGUGACAGAAAUGUUAAAUGGAGAAAUCAUCCCAGAUGUCUCUCAAAAAGCGUUGCUAUACAUGAAGUUCUUCUUGCUUUCGACAAACUAAAGUUCACAUGAAUCUACCUCGUUCAUGUUAAGCAAUGUUGAAUGUGUUCUUUAUUAUUUUUAAUAAAUAGAAGAAAAAAAUUAAA